GUGACGUUGUGCCUGAUCCGCUCCGUCAGACGCAGACAUGGCGGAGUACAGCCAGCUGGGCCUCCUGGCGGCUCUGCUCCUCUUCACGGCUCUGACGGUCCGGGACGUCUACCUCGGCAGAUCCAGCCCGCAUCGUGGACAGCAACCGGCCGACGGCCCCAGCCUCUCCCCGGAUACCGUACUACCGGACACAGAACCGGGAAAACCCGCCAAGUCCUCCCUGUACACCGGGCCGGUUCUGAAGUUCCAAUACUGUAUCUCCUGAGGGUACAGCAAAGUGUUCCAGGAGUACUCACGAGCCAUCAGCCAGCUGUACCCGGACAUCCGCAUUGAGGGAGAAAACUACCCCCCAACCCCCUUCAACAGGUGUGUUGGGAACCUGGUCUCCUACCUGAAGCUGCUCUCCAUCCUACUCAUCAUCAGCGGUCAGAACCCGUUCAUCCUGCUGGGCCUCGACACUCCACGGGCCUGGACCUGGAGUCAGGACAACAAGAUCUUCUCCUGUCUGAUGGCCUUCUUCCUCUGCAACAUGAUGGAGACUCACUUCCUGUCUACGGGAGCCUUCGAGGUCACUCUGAACGACGUCCCUCUGUGGUCGAAGCUUCAGUCGGGUUAUGUCCCGAACAUCCAGGAGAUCUUCCAGAUCCUCGACAACCACCUGAAGAUGAACCAGGUGGACCCCAUGAGCUUCACCUCCUCGUAGACCUACAGCCCAGGUAAACACAGACAGACAGCCGUACUGUGUUCAGGUGUCCAGUGGGGCAUUUGGACGUUGGCGUUCAUGAAGGUUCGGUCUUAAAGCAGACUCUGCGAGGCCCUGCCGGAUGUCCCCUGCCACGAAUGGAGCGCUCCCUCUGCACCAGAACACAGCUCAGCACUACUGUACUCAUGAUGCACCAGCUGUUCUCUCGGACCGUUCUGGACUCGUCGGUUCUGGUUCUUUGGUUUUAUUUAUUCAUAGUUCAGCAGGAACACAAACACGGUACCACUGUUUCUGGACAGGAAGUGAUGUAACGAAAAUAAAUUGUGAUGAUGUCACAAUGACUCAUCUGUUUUUUGGUGGCGUUGAAUCUGUGAAAUGUCUGAAACAAUAAAAGUCAUCAACAUGAAACA